UCGCUGCUUUAGAUGUAGGGUUGCAGGCGUAACCAAACAAACAGCCGCUCUCCCUCUACAUAAACCCUCCUCACAUCUGUGUUUCAACUCUUUGUGUGCUGCACUGAGAAUACUGAUUCCUUAUUCCUUCCACUCUGAAUACAGGGAUCCUCUCCUCUCACAACCCAGGAUUGAUACUACAGCAGAUCUUUAAAGAUGACACCCACACCAACUGUAACUCUCAACACCGGGGCCAGCAUGCCUAUCGUAGGCUUGGGGACAUGGAGGGCAGAUGCGGGCAAGGUAGCAGAGGCAGUGAAAGCGGCCAUCUCUGCAGGCUACAGACAGAUAGACGGAGCCUACUAUUACCAGAAUGAGGAUGAGGUGGGGGAUGGCAUUCACACCAUGAUUGGCCAGGGGGUGGUGAAGAGAGAGGAGCUUUUCAUCGUCAGUAAGCUGUGGUGUACCCUCCAUCAGAAGUCUAUGGUGAAGGGAGCCUGUCAGAAGACUCUGAGUGACCUCAGACUAGACUACCUGGACCUCUACCUAAUCCACUCCCCGAUGUGCUUUCAGCCUGGAGAGAAUCUAUUUCCUUUUGGUGAGGACGGACAAGUAAUCGCAGGUGACAGCAACUUCCUGGACACUUGGGAGGCUAUGGAGGAGCUGGUGGAUGCUGGACUGGUCAAGGCUAUCGGUGUCUCCAACUUUAACAAAGACCAGAUUGAAUCCAUCCUGAACAAGCCAGGCCUCAAGUAUAAACCUGCCAACAACCAGAUUGAAUGCCACCCCUAUCUGACUCAGGAGAAGCUGAUCAACUACUGUCACUCUAAAGGCAUCUCAGUGACAGCCUACAGCCCCCUGGGCUCCCCAGAAAGACCAUGGGCGAAACCUGGUGAGCCGUCCCUGCUGGAGGACCCAAAGAUAAAGGCCAUCGCUGUUAAGCACAAUAAGACCACAGCACAGGUCCUUAUCCGCUUUCAAAUCCAGAGGAAUGUGAUCGUCAUUCCCAAGUCGGCUACGCCCUCCCGGAUCAAGGAAAAUUUCCAGGUGUUGGACUUCAAGUUAAGUCCCGCAGACAUGAAAGUCAUCCUUGGUUUCAACAGGAACUGGAGAGGAUUCGCUAUGGAAUGGGGCAACAAGCACAAAGAUUUCCCUCUGCAUGCAGAGUACUGAAACCUCAGAGUGGAACUGGAGCUAAAGACAGAACGGACACUGACCUGACACCCACAUUCCUAUACAGUAGUGCCCGUCUUCCUGUCUGUGAAAAAUACUGGGGACAUACAGCGAGAAGUCCAGUAGUUGUAUACAGAUUCAACCAAUACUUUGAAAUUGUUCUUGAGAUACAGAAAAGUUCAGGAGGCAAACAGAACGUCCACUGAUAAUGUCAGUGUGUAAUGUAAUACAGUUGAAGUCGGAAGUUUACAUACACCUUAGCCAAAUACAUUUCAACUCAGUUAACAAUUUCUGACAUUUAAUCCAAGUAAAAAUUCCCUGUCUUGGGUCAGUUAGGAUCACCACUUGUGGAAUGUGAAAUGUCAGAAUAAUAGUAGGGAGAAUGAUUUAUUUCAGCUUUUAUUUAUUUCAUUUUUCCCCCCAGUGGGUCAGAAGUUUACAUACA